AUGUUAAGUUUACCGUCGAAUUUAUUAAAUAAAAAAAAUCAAGAAGAAAUAUCUACUGAAUCUUAUGUUUCAUUUCCUUCAAAUAAAUUAAAAGUAAUUCGUUUAACACUUGAUGAUAUAAAUCAUGAAAAGAAAAUAUAUUCAAACAAUCAACAAUCAUCAUUAAUAUUAGAAGAAAAAAUGAAAAAGAAGGAUGAAAAAAUUUUUUCACCAGUUUAUGAAUCAAUCGAUGAAAAACGGGAUCCAAUUAAUCGUAAUGAAAAAAAUAAAUAUAUUAAUAAUGAUCAAUUUGAAAUACUUUAA